AGGAAGCUGAAGCCCAUGUUAGGAAAUGUUGUCCCAGGGGCGCUGCUGCCUGUAGCCUGAGGAAUUACUGGUCAGGCGGAGAGCUUAAAGCGCCGCUCACUCUUUGGAUUGACUGAUCGGACUACAGAAACUCGGCACUGCAGCACUAAUUAUUAUGGCUCAGGCGAAAAUCCAGGCGAAGAUGAACGAAGCGGUCUGCAGCAAGUUCAGCAGGACACUGUCCAUGGCUGAUCGCUCCGGAAGACUGCUGGAAACUCUGGAUCAGCUGGAAAUCAGGGUGGAGGCUUUAAGAGAAACAGCAUCCGCCCUGGAGCAGGAAAGAGAAGGCAUCCUGGAAAUGAUUCAAUCCAUCCAGAACAGUCAAGAAAUGCGUAACAUCUGUGCGGGAGAAAGGGAAGAGUUGAGCUUAACUGCGAACCGUCUGAUGGGCCGGACUCUGACGGUGGAGAUCUCCGUUGGCACCAUUAGAAACCCCCAGCAGGAGGAGGCCCUGCGGAAAGCCACAUCCAUGAUUGACGAAAUCGUAAAAAAGUUGCUGGUCGACAUGGAAGGCGGUCGGCAGCAGCUGAUGGCGCUGCACGCCGCCUGCGUGACCGAAGCACCGCCUGUCCCCAUCGAUCAGAAGUUCCAGGUUGUGGUGAUCAGCUGCUCUUUGGAGGACCAGAAGAAGAUCAAACAGAGGCUGGAGACGCUGGUGAGGAAUGUGGAAAACGCUGAAAAGAACAUCAAAAUUAUGGAUCAUCAAAAACUGGAGAGUGCAAAAACCAACUGCAGUAGUUAAUAAUCAUCACCAAAGCAUGAAGGGUGUUUUUGAAUUCCACUUUACCUCACAAAGGAGAGCUGCACAAGCAUGACUCUUAGGGAUCCAUGCAUUGUAACCAACCCUGAAAAGUACACUGGUACACAUUUUUUUUGUAAAAAGGUCAAUUUUUACUUUAAAUUUUACUACACCGACAUAGCUAAAGGGCACACAGUUCACAAUGUAUGUUCAUCAAUAAGCCCAAGAAAGAACAAAUACAGAUGCAUCACAGAUUGAAGUUCAACCUUUUGAAGACAAUAUAUAAUUUUGAGCACAUUUUGCAGCAAUUCAGUGCUCUGACAUAUGAGGUGAUUGACAAUGCAACAACCAGUAUUUUACCAAUACUGUGAUCGUUAACGUUGAAAAUAAAAUUACAAACAUGUCAAAUGAAACCACCUGACAGGAAGUUCGUGGAAUUUAUCUCAGUUGUAGAAAGACUUUUUAUUUGUCUUACAGUUUUAGUUGAAAGGAUUUUUGACACAAACUCUGUACGCCUUCAUCUUCUGCUGUUUUUUUUUUUGUUACAUUUUUAUGAAACACAAAGAAAGAAAGUCAAUAAAAACUGUGAGAAGCCUC